ACAACAACUGCUGCACCAACCACAACUACAACAUCAACUGUUCCACCAACUACAACAACCACAACUGCACCAACUACAACCACAACUGCUGCACCAACCACAACAACAACCGCUGCACCAACUACAACAACAACUGCUCCACCAACUACAACAACAACUGCUCCACCAACCACAACAACUGCUGCACCAACUACAACAACAACUGCUCCACCAACCACAACAACUGCUGCACCAACCACGACCACAACUGCACCAACCACAACAACUACAGCUUCACCAACGACAACCACAAGUACAACUACUGCACCAACCACAACUACAACAUCAACUGUUCCACCAACCACAACAACUACAGCUGCACCAACCACAACAACAACUGCUACACCAACCACAACAACACCUUCUCCACCACCAACAACAACAACAACAACCGCUCCACCAACAACAACAACAACUGCUUUACCAACCACAACAACACCUUCUCCACCAACUACAACAACAACAACAUCAACCGCUCCACUAAUAACAACCACAACUGCUACCACAACAACUACAGCUGCACCAACAACAACCACAACCACAACUGCUGCACUAACCACAACUACAAGAUCAACUGUUCCACCAACCACAACAACUACAGCUGCACCAACCACAACAACAACUGCUGCACCAACCACAACAACACCUUCUCCACCACCAACAACAACAACAACAACCGCUCCAUCAACAACAACAACAACUGCUGCACCAACCACAACAACAACUGCUGCACCAACCACAACUACAACAUCAACUGUUCCACCAACCACAACAACUACAGCUGCACCACCCACAACUACAACAACACCUUCUCCACCAACUACAACAACAACAACCGCUCCACCAUCAACAACAAAAACUGCUGCACCAACCACAACUACAACAUCAACUGUUCCACCAACCACAACAACUACAGCUGCACCAACCACAACUACAACAUCAACUGUUCCACCAACCGCAACUACAACAUCAACUGUUCCACCAACCACAACAACAACUGCUGCACCAACCACAACAACAACUGCUGCACCAACUACAACAACAACAACAACCGCUCCACCAACUACUACAACAACUGCUGCACCAACCACAACAACACCUUCUCCACCACCAACAACAACAACAACAACCGCUCCAUCAACAACAACAACAACUGCUGCACCAACCACAACAACAACUGCUGCACCAACCACAACUACAACAUCAACUGUUCCACCAACCACAACAACUACAGCUGCACCACCCACAACUACAACAUCAACUGUUCCACCAACCACAACAACUACAGCUGCACCACCCACAACUACAACAACACCUUCUCCACCAACUACAACAACAACAACCGCUCCACCAUCAACAACAAAAACUGCUGCACCAACCACAACUACAACAACAACUGCACCAAGCACAACCACAACUGCACCAACCACAACAACAACAACUGCACCAACUACAACAACAACUGCUGCACCAACUACAACAACAACAGCUGCACCAACCACAACCACAACUGCUGCACCAACUACAACAACAACUGCUGCACCAACUACAAGGACAACAGCGGCACCAACCACAACCACAACUGCUGCACCAUCUACAACAACAACUACUGCACCAAUCACAACUGCUGCACCAACUACAACAACUACAACUACUGCGACACCAACCACAACCACAACAGCGGCACCAACCACAACCACAACUGCUGCACCAUCUACAACAACAACUACUGCACCAAUCACAACUGCUGCACCAACUACAACAACUACAACUACUGCGACACCAACCACAACCACAACUGCUGCACCCACCACAACCACAACUGCUGCACCAACUACAACAACAACUCCUGCACCAACUACAACAACUACUUCACCAACUACAACCACAACAACAACUGCACCAACUACAACAACAACUGCUGCACCAACUACAACAACAACAGCUGCACCAACCACAACCACAACUGCUGCACCAACUACAACAACAACUGCUGCACCAACUACAAGGACAACAGCGGCACCAACCACAACCACAACUGCUGCACCAUCUACAACAACAACUACUGCACCAAUCACAACUGCUGCACCAACUACAACAACUACAACUACUGCGACACCAACCACAACCAAAACAGCGGCACCAACCACAACCACAACUGCUGCACCAUCUACAACAACAACUACUGCACCAAUCACAACUGCUGCACCAACUACAACAACUACAACUACUGCGACACCAACCACAACCACAACUGCUGCACCCACCACAACCACAACUGCUAACCACAACAACAACAACUACAACCACAACCCCUGCAACAACUACAACAACACCCCUGCACCAACUACAACAACUGCUACACCAACCACAACUACAACUGCUGCACCAACUACAACCACAACAACAACUGCACCAACCACAACUGCUUCACCAACCACAACAACUACUGCACCAUCUACAACCACAACUACUGCACCAACCACAACAACUACUGCACCAACUACAACGACUGCUACACCAACUACAACAACAACUCCUGCACCAACUACAACUACUGCACCAACUACAACCACAACUGUUGCACCAACCACAACCACAACUACAUCAACUGCUGCACCAACUACAACCACAACAACAACUGCACCAACCACAACCACUGCAUCAACCACAACAACAACUGCUGCACCAACUACAACCGUAACUGCUGCAACAACCACAACAACAACUACACCAACUACAACAACAACCCCUUCAACAACUACAACAACAACCCCUGCACCAACUACAACAACAACUACAACCACAACCCCUGCAACAACUACAACAACAACCCCUGCACCAACUACAACAACUGCUACACCAACCACAACUACAACUGCUGCACCAACUACAACCACAACAACAACUGCACCAACCACAACUGCUGCACCAACCACAACAACAACUGCACCAUCUACAACCACAACUACUGCACCAACCACAACAACUACUGCACCAACUACAACGAAUGCUACACCAACUACAACAACAACUCCUGCACCAACUACAACUACUGCACCAACUACAACUACUGCACCAACUACAACCACAACUGCUGCACCAACCACAACCACAACUACUGCACCAACCACAACAACUACUGCACCAACUACAACGACUGCUACACCAACUACAACAACAACUCCUGCACCAACUACAACUACUGCACCAACUACAACUACUGCACCAACUACAACCACAACUGCUGCACCAACCACAACCACAACUACAUCAACUGCUGCACCAACUACAACCACAACAACAACUGCAACUGCACCAACUACAACCACAACUGCUGCACCAACCACAACCACAACUGCUGCAACAACCACAACAACAACUGCACCAACCACAACCACUGCAACAACUACAACAACAACCCCUGCACCAACUACAACAACUGCUACACCAACCACAACUACAACUGCUGCACCAACUACAACCACAACAACAACUGCACCAACC